GUGAAAACAAAAAUUCAAAUUCUAGUGUCUCAAAACGAAUUACAUCUCAUAGAAGAAGAUACCUAUUAAAAAUCCUUCAACAUUAGAAGUAGAAAAAGGAAAGAGAGCAUUGAAAAGUGAAAACCCCGCGCUCGCGCUUAUUCCAAUUUUUGAAAACCAAAAACACAAAAUAAUGGAAUCUGAAGACGAUGACUGGGAACUCUGCUACGACGACGGCUUCGUCUACAAACGCAAACGCCGUCGGCUCAACCCACCGGAGCCAGUCAACUCGUCUGAACCGGAUUCCGAGAUAUUAAGGAAAGAACGGAAGAAACAUACCCUAUUGAAGCUCAAAUCCAAGUACGAAAAGGAAAUUCUUCAGUGGGAAAAUUUGUCGAACACCUUGCGUUCAUUGCAAAUUUCUUCUUCACCUCAGCUUCAACAACAACAGCAACAGCAACAUCAAACCCUAUCUCUUCCUUCUACUUCUUCAUCUACUCAAUCCAAUCUCCUCGACGACCUUCUCUCCCAGGUGGAAGCUCAGGAAGCAAUCAUUCAUGAUAUUUCCAAUUUAUGCGAUGUAGCAGAAGCAAUGUGCUUUAAACAAGAACAACUAUUUAAACAAUCUUUGUUUGAUCUACCAAUCUGGUCUACACCUCAUGAGCUCAUGCAAGCGUUAUGCUAUGAUGAUUGAAACAAGUUCUUACUGUAUACCAUUUUCUUGGUAAUUAUGUCAAAGUUCAAAGGUGGGUCUACAUCCUUUAACAACCAAUUACAUCAUUAAUUGUAACUCUUAAAAUGCAAUGAUGUUAAAUAGAUUAGACCAUUCGCAGAUUGGUAAAUAUUUUUAGAUUAUUGAUUGAUUGUAUUUAAAAGCAUCCAACUGGAGACAUGCAAUUAGAAUUAGCUUAUGAUGAAUGUAAAGAGUGAGAAGGUAGUUCUUUAGUUUUGUAUUGUAUGUGUGAAAUUCAUCAAUUUACUACUCUUACUAUUGUGA